AUGUUGAGCCCUACUUUUCUUUAUGGCUCCAUCUUCAUUAUUGUCUUACUCAUCUGGCAAGUGAAAAGGAGUUACGAUGGAUUAAGGCUGGAACCUAAAAGGAGCUGCUGCCGGCAUCAUCGAAAAGUCAGACAAAAGGCUAGAGAUGCAGCAUCAAGAGCAAGGAGAUGUUCCCAGGAAGAAGCUGAGAAGCCGUGGGAGCUGCUUUCUGUCAUGAAAAGCCAGAGCUGGCUUCCUCGGGAGGGAAGUGUGCGGAGGCUCCUGUGUGCAGAUCCCUGCUGCCAAAUCUGCAAUGCCAUGGCUCUGAAGAUUCAGCAGUUGCUGGUGGGUGAGAACACCUUGAUCUCUUCCACUUCUUCGAGGCCAUCACAGGGCAUAUCUUGCUUAGAGGUGUUGUCCAUGUCUACUGUGUCUUAUGAGCAGAGUCUGGAGCAUCGUUCCCCACAAUCCAAAGACCUUUCACUUCCACCUCCAACCCCCACAGUGUCACAAUUAACGGACCAGAGAUCCUUAACACAGUCAGCUGCCCAGUCUGCAGGUGAGGUCAGCCUCCACGAUUACUGGGCUGAACACCUCCAGCUAGGGCAGGAAUUUCAAGUGCCAGGCAUGCCCACAGGCCCAAAGACGAUCUCUUCUUCAAGGUGGGAGGAGCCUAGGAUCUCAGGAAACCAGCAGGAGAUGAUGCAGAGCAACCCCAGCCUCAUCUAUGGGAACCAAGGUCAGCAGCCCUUGAAUUCCCAGGUCUCUCUGCUGACUCCGAAUGGAGAAAUCACCACCCUGACACACCCUCUGGCCUUGCAUAUGGUCACUGUCCUCCCUGCCCACCUGCCAUUCCUCAGUCCUGAAGUCCUGAGGUUUCUUGAGGUACAUGUAAAGAAAUGGAUGCAUUUCCAGAGGUGGGGGCUCCCCAGACGUGUGGAGGAGUCCCUGAGACAGUUCAUGCCAAACCCGCCAUUGUUUUACCAACCUAUAAAUAACCAACCAGUUUCUUUCAUCCAGAACGAUACUUCUCAGCUCUCUGUUGAGAAAUUUGCAACCGUUUCCUACCAGACCUGGGGUUCAUGUAUGGCUGGCCAGCCAAUCCAGGCCUUCUGGGUUUCUGAGUGGUCCAUUCUUGACCCAGAACAAAGAUACAACUACCAGCAAAUCCCAAACCAUAUGGCUCUAGCCUUGCCCUCUCCAGCCCUUAAAGACUUAAGUGGCCUCGAUCCACUUCCUGGCCCACAGGCUCAUGACUCAGUGGGCCAUUUGCAGCAGGAAUACAGCCAGCUAUUCUGUGGCCUCCCUUCUCUGCACAGUGAGUCCCUGGUUGAUGUCUUCCUUGGCUGUCAAGGCCUCUCCAUGAACGGGAACAUGUCCAGCCCCUUGAAGGAUCCUUUUCUCUUCAAGGAGCUCUCCUUCCUCCUUCUGUCACCUAAAACUCCAUCCGGGUCAGCCCCACCCUCUUCUCCAUCUUCCCCAAAUCGGGUCACUCCGUCUGACCACCAACAAGCUCAGAUCAAUGUCCCAUUUCUGACAAUGGCCGAAUGUGAAGCUCUGGAGUGGCACGUGCUACAGAGGCAGCUCCAACUUCACUGGGGUUUGCCAGAAGUUUUCCAGAGAUCUCCACAUAUUCAGAGAGCCGUGCACUAUAAGCCCUGUGACAAAGCCCAGUCUCCUGAGACUGGGAAAACUUCCUGGCCAGGGAAGCCCAUCUCAGCCCUGACCAGAGAAAUACGCUUCUUCCCGGAGCAUGCCCGGAGGCUGCUGGGAUUCCACCUCCAGAGGCAGUUGAUUCACCAUCGCUGGGGCCUGCCCCAGAAGAUCCAGCAGUCCAUCCAGUUGCUCCUGUCCCCCGCUGAUCAGCACACUCUGUCCUGGAACAGCACAGCCCUAGCCAAUGUGACUGUUCCCCAAUCCACAGUCCUAGACACCAAUGGGGCUGGUGACCCCUUCUCACCCAUCAUGGACCCAGUGUCAGUCCCCGUGCCACACUUGCUCGACCAGGCCAAGGCAAUAUUGCAGAACCACAUCAACUCCAAACGUGGGCAGAUUCACCAGGGCAAGGUCCCUGCCUGUCUAUAUAGCUCUUGGGAGUGCAUCAUUCCUGGCGGCCUGGAAGGGGCUCCCCUCACCUGCAUCCCAGAAAGCAAGCCCCUGGAGCGACAGGCAGCCACUGACUCUGAUCUACAACAGGAAGUUACGCCCUGGAUGCCCACAGCCCUCGAGCAGCAGCAACAAGCCUCUGCAGAUGCCAACAACGAACAUCCUAAGCUGCCCCGAGCCCUGUCCAAUGGAGCCCUUGAGAAACUGGAGACGACUUUACGGCACAAGUAUCUGGCCUUCUUGUCAGGGCUGCCUGCUCUCUAUUAUGUGGCUCUCUCCAGGGCCAUGGCCCCGGCAAUCACUACCCAAGCUCUAAUCACAGACAAGGUGCCUGGGCCAGUCCAAUUCCUCACGGAACCUCUGACCCAGGAGAUCUCAUGUGAAGACCAGUGUCGAAGUGCUGGGCCAUGCUUUCAAGAUGCCAACGAGACUUGUGCAGACUCUGCAGAUGAGUUCCAGGCUGAAGUGCAGGUGGAAGGAAUGAUCGAGAUGGUGCCUCUGGAAAGCCAGACAGACCCUGCUACCCCCUACACACUCAAGAAACCCAUCUUGGCCAAACUAAAUUUCCACCUGAGAAAGAAGAUCCUAGAGAUACAAUUGGGAAUUCCCGUAAGAGCAAGGGCAUCCAGGGAACUAACCCUAGCAAUCCCAGAGAACAUUUCCACACAGGAGUCUCUUGGGAGUGUAAUCAACCCAGGAAAAACACUGCUCCAGGAACUCCCCAUCACACCAGACACGCCUCGUGCCCCAGAUCCAGAAUGGCUUCAUCUUAAAGAACAGCUGGCCAGUGAGUUAAAGGCAGUGCAGAAGAGCCAGAAGCACCCUAGUUCCAGAGCAGUACACCAUGGUUCUGCCCACGGGGCCUCCAAGAUCUCACAGCCCAGUGGGGAUGCGACAGAGGCCCAGGUGCUUUGUGUUCAGCUAGAGGCCAGUGUGAACCUCCCCAGCCUGGUGGAGCCCUGGAGCCCUGAGCCCCAAAGCCCUGGCAAGAGCAACGACUCAGCCCAAGUCCCCACACUCGCAGGGAAGAGAGAGGACCCGGGGAAACCCAAAUCAGCAGGGGACCACGGAGAAGGGGAUGCAGGGUUUGCGUUCUCCUCAACAAGAGAAAACGGCCACCCUGCCGAAGCCCAGAGGCCAGAAGGGAUGCUUCUGCACAGGACACCCCGCAACCCCUGGCGAUGGAGCCAUAGCUUUCACCUUGAAGCUCCCCGUCCACACAGUCCCGAACGUCGCCCUCAGCUUAAGCUCCCAGAGCUACCACCAGGAGUCCCUAGGGGGCAGGAUUCUGAGAAGAAUGACCCGCAAGACAGUCAAACCAAGCUCAACAUCAUCCUCAACCCAGUAGGGACUCCUGAACAUGCACAGCCUGUGGGGCCCCAGGCGUCCCAGAGCCAGCAUUUCCUGGGCCAACUCAUUCAGGGUAAGCCAUUGCAGGGCCAAACUUUGCAAGGUCACGUUUUGCAGGGGCAGGUGAUACCAGUCCAUACUCACAAGAGGCCUGGCCUCCUGGAAUCUGGCUUGAAAAAUAAGAUGAAAUCCUUUCUGCACUGGAUUAACCGCAAGACAAAAGGCAAAGGGCACAAGGAAUCCAUGUUCUCCACAGCUGAGACGGUGGCCAGCACCACAAAAGAAAAUGUAAAAAAGAGCCUGGCUCCAGCCAAAAGUCCCACAGGGCGAACUAAGACACAGAAGACAAGAAGGGACCCCAAGGCCCAAUCUCCCCACACUGAGAAGCAGGUCAGCAUGGCCUUCUUGGAUGGCGCCCCUUCCCCAGACAGUAAGCUCCGGCACUGCUCCCACUCCCAUCAACUCCACUCUGUCUCAGUCCUGGGCCACCCCCGCCACUGCCCUCGCCACUGUCCUCGAGUGGCGUGUGCCACCCACCCAGGGAACCCACCUGAAUUCUCAACUACCCACUCAGUGGGAAACGUUGGUCUCCUCAAGAAGACCCAGCACAACCAAAAGACUCUGUAG